CCAAUAAGGAACUGUUUGGUUGGAAACGAAAUACACGCAGCACUUUACAGUGAAACUGAAAAGGGGAAGAAGAGUGAAAUGGGUGAACUUUACGCGUUGGACUUCGAUGGAAUCAUCUGUGAUAGCUGCGGCGAAAGCUCUGUCUCUGCUGUCAAGGCUGCCAAAGUGAGAUGGCCUGGUUUGUUUGACGGGGUGGAUUCGGCCACAGAAGAUUGGAUUAUUGACCAGAUGCACACAGUGCGACCAGUUGUGGAAACAGGAUAUGAAAAUCUUUUACUCGUGAGACUGUUGCUUGAGAGCAGAACACCUUCUAUCCGGAAAUCUUCGGUUUCAGAGGGGCUCACGGUUGAGGUUAUACUGGAGAAAUGGUCCAAGUUGAAGCCUAUUAUUAUGGAAGAAUGGGGUGAGAAUAGGGAUGCUCUGAUAGAUCUUUUUGGAAAGGUCAGAGAUGAAUGGUUGGAGCAGGAUUUUGCUGGUUGGAUUGGUGCAAACAGAAUAUAUCCUGGUGUUUCUGAUGCCUUAAAAUUUGCAAGCUCGAGAGUGUACAUUGUCACCACAAAACAGGGCCGUUUUGCUGAUGCCUUACUCCGAGAGCUUGCCGGAGUGACCAUACCACCUGAAAGAAUAUAUGGCCUUGGAACCGGUCCUAAGGUAGAGGUUCUGAAGCAGCUUCAAAAGAAGCCAGAGCACCAAGGACUGACUCUACACUUUGUUGAAGACCGGCUAGCUACAUUGAAAAAUGUCAUCAAAGACCCUGAAUUAGACCAAUGGAACUUGUAUCUAGGGAAUUGGGGUUACAACACCCAACAAGAAAGAGAGGAAGCCGCAGCUAUCCCCAGAAUUCAUGUUCUUGAGCUCUCUGAUUUCAGCAAGAAGUUAAAAUAGGGGUUUUCAUCGAAUUAUCAGUUGUCAAUAAUUGAACCAAAUAUUUUCUUCCAACUCAUUUAUAAGCAAUAACAUAUUUCUACUGAACAGAAUUAUCGAGAA